CAAAGUCUCUGUCUCUCUCUCUGUCUCUCUCUCUCUCUCUCCGCGGAUCCUAAAAUGACAGGAACAACAAGCCUAUAACCCAUAAGCGUGCGUGGAUAUAUCUCCUCCUCCCACCAUUUCCCAUUUCCCCUCUCUCUAUCUCAUCUCUCUCUCUCUCUCUCUCUCUCUCUCGAAACCACUCGGAAAUCUGCCAUGCCAUUUCUUCCGCUCUCAGAUCUAUCCACCUCAGCCCUAAUCUGAUCUUCUCCUUCAUCUCAAACCCGCAAACCCACUAGCCCCAAAUCGAAACGAUGUCGUCUCUGCGCUCAGAUCUGACGACCUCCUCCCGAGUCUACCCAGAGCCCUCUUACAUGGACGACGACCUCUUCGAUCGCCUCCCGGACUCCCUCCUCCUCCUAGUCUUCAACAAGAUCGGCGACGUCAAGGCCCUAGGCCGAUGCUGCGUCGUUUCGCGCCGCUUCCACUCCCUCGUCCCCCAAGUCGAAAACGUCGUCGUCCGCGUCGACUGCGUUAUCUCCGACGACGAAUCUUCCCCCUCCUCCGCAUCCUCCUCAUCUUCCUCCGACAAGUCCCGGACCCCCUUCUCCGCCCUCUUCCGCCUUGUCCUCGGCGGCAUUGUCAAGCCUCUCCAGGCCCUCGGCCAGUUCCUGGGCCCCACAAGACGAUCCACAAAUGGGUCCCACUCCGCUCUCGCCGUCGACGACCCCGACUCAUCCGCCGCUGACAGUAGCAGCUUCGACCAAUCCGGCGUCACCCACCACUCCCCGACUCAAGUCCUUAAGAACUUCAAUGAGAUUCGCUUCCUCCGGAUCGAGCUCCCCAGCGGCGAGCUCGGCAUCGAUGACGGCGUUUUGCUCAAAUGGAGGGCCGAUUUUGGCUCCACCUUAGACAACUGCGUCAUCCUCGGAGCCUCCUCGGUCAUCCACCCGGGACCCACCAAAUUUUCCGAUGUUCAGGACAAUGGGUCAGAUGGGUUUUACGCCAACACCAACGGCGCCGUUUCGGACGACAACGGAAGCAUACCCGACUCGUUUUACACCAACGGAGGCCUGAAGCUGAGGGUGGUCUGGACGAUAAGCUCGUUGAUCGCUGCCUCGGCCAGGCACUACCUGCUUCAGCCCAUUAUUUCCGAGCACAAAACGCUUGAUAGCUUGGUACUGACCGAUGCUGACGGGCAGGGGGUGUUGUACAUGAACAGGGACCAGCUGGAGGAGCUGAGGGUGAAGCCAUUGUCGGCCUCUUCUGCGUCGAAGAGGACGCUCGUGCCUGCCCUGAAUAUGAGGCUUUGGUACGCGCCCCACUUGGAAUUGCCUGAUGGGGUUGUGUUAAAGGGUGCGACUUUGGUUGCUAUAAGGCCCAGUGAGCAAUCUGCGACCUCGAAGAAGGAGGUCUCUUCUGAUCUGUCAUGGGUUUCAACCGCCUUUGAAGAGCCGUACGGGACGGCGGCCAAGAUGCUGAUCAAGAGGCGUACUUACUGUCUUGAGAUGAACUCAUUCUGAUUCAAUUUUGGGUGUCUCAGGGUAAAACAGUCCUUGGAGGGAAAUGGGGGAGAUUGCGGAUUGCGUGAGUUUGAAAGUGGAGAAGGAGAGAACAAUUUUGCCUCAUUGGUGGCCAGGCUAUGUUGACUGCGGUGCCUCUUGAUCGAAGAAUCUGGAUUGGACUGUCGCAGAAGAAAGCGAUGCUCUGUUGAUUAUGCACCACAGAUCCUCCUCCCCUACGCCUGAGCUGGUGAUCGAAAUGCAUCUGGCGGUUGCUGUUGUUUCAGGCAUAUGCUUGUAAGAGUGAGUGCUCACAUGCAACCUAAGAUUGAUGUUAUAAAGAUUUUGGGGUUGUAGUGAUCUACUUUUUAUCUUUGUUCCAUGUAUGUGAAUAUUGUAGGUACAAGUACAACAGUGUUAUGGUUAUGUGAUGUAAUGUCAAAAGUUCAUUUCAGCACUGUAGUUAGCAAGCAACAAGUUUCAUUCCAAGUUUUUCUGAAUCCAAUAUAGUCAUAACAUUAGUAUA